ACCCCAGUCCAACACCGGCAUCUCCGAAUCGCAAAAAAGACGUGCGACCUUCUUUUGAUUGUCCAAUAGGGAGCACUGAAGGACCGGAAGGAGAUUAGCCCUCCUACCAAUCAGAGUAAGCCCCAUUAUCUGAAUGCGGAAGUUGGACCGUGAGCUUCUGCUGCUCCUCUCUUUGUAAAUGAAGAUUGAGCUUCACUCCAGCCUGCAAUCUCCUUCCUCUGUCCAACAUCUUUUCUCUCUAGUGUCUGCGUUAAUUCCUGAAGAACAUCGAUUCUCCUGUUCCUUGGAUGCUGCCUGACCUGCUGCAUUUUUCCAGCAACACAUUUUCAGCUCUGUCUGUGUUAAUGCCUUGAUGUGUCUGGUUAUUCCUCAAGCUGUGUUCCCGAUUCAUCCUGACUUGACGCAUUUUGUUUUGCUUCCCAAAAUCAGACCUGCUCACUCUCAGCAGUAUCCCAAUGUUGUGAAAGAGAUUAACUUUCAGGUGGAGUUAACCAAUAUGCAGAGAGAUGUCAGUCUUGACGUUUUUGAUUUUCUGCCCCUGCUGAAUCAGCACCUUCAGGAGAAUUAGUUGGAAUGGAGUGAGAACAGAAGGGGGGAAGAGAGUGGGAUGGUGCUUUCAGUUUUGUAGACUAACAAAAGAAAAGAAUGUUCUGUAGAAAGUAGAAUUGCUUGUUCUGAAUUUCUACCCUGCACUGACAGUGAUGACUUCUGUAAUCUCUUCUUAGAAUAUUUGAAGAUCUGAAACAUUGACUCUCCUGCUCCUCGGAUACUGUCUGACCUGCUGUGCUUUUCCAGCACCGCACUUUUCGACACUGACUCUCCCACGUCUGCGGUCCUCAAUUUCACGUCACUAUCUGACAGUCAUUCAAUCGAUCGGGAGUGCAACGAUUUUUGACUACAAUUCUGUGAGAAGGAGCAAAGCUUUUUGGUUCCUGUUUGAGUACGUCUUCAAUAAGAGUGGGCCUAGAUGAGAGACCCUACUGUUGCAGCACACUGAGUGUGGAGCCUGAAACAGUUAUAUGGCCUGGAAAGAGAAAUUCACAGCAGGGAGGGGCUGUACAUGUGUUUGUGGCUAAAGCUUCGGACAUGAAGAAACCGUGGAAGUGUGGUAACUGUGGGAAAGGCUUCCGUACUCCGUCUGAGCUGGAGAUUCAUCGGCGCAGUCACACCGGGGAGAGGCCAUUCUCCUGUCCCAAGUGCAGGAAGGGCUUUGUCCAGACCUCUGCCCUGCGGAGGCACCAGCGGGUCCACACGGGGGAGAGGCCCUUCAGCUGCCCCGAUUGCGGGAAGGCCUUCAGCCGUUCCUCCGAUCUGCUGACCCACCGGCGGAUCCACACUGGGGAGAGGCCCUUCAGCAAUUCCUCCGACAAGCUGAAGCAUGAGCGGGUCCACACAGGGGAGCGACCCUUCAGCUGUCCUGAGUGCGGGAAGGCCUUCAGCGAUUCCUCCUACCUGCUGAGGCACCAACGGAUCCACACGGGGGAAAGGCCCUUCAGCUGCCCUGAGUGUGGGAAAGGCUUCACCCGCUCCUCCCUCCUGCAGAGGCACCAGCGAGUUCACGUGUCAUCGCGGGGGAUUGAAGGAGCGACGUCCAAGUGCCAUUAUCAACCAGGCUAUCAACCCAGUUCUGGGAUCUGCUGGGUUUGAAUCCCAUCGCAGCAGAUAGCGGAAUUGGAAUUCGGUCAGAAUCUAACGAUGAAACCAUUUUCGGUGGGCUGGAGAAAACCCACAUCUGAUUCACUCACGCCCUUUUUAGAGAGGAGACUGCUGUUUUGGGAAAGGAUUCACUCGGUCACCCCAGCUGCAUCCUUUAUCUGGUCUGGCCUACAUGUGACUCCAGAUCCACAGCAGUCUGUUUGACUCCACACUGCCCCUGUUCCUGGCCCCACGGGUUAUGGCAGUACCAAGGAUACUAUUACAAAGAGUCAACUUGGUGCUGGCCAAUAGUAAAGAAAAUGAGAUGGGGUGGGGGAAGGGGGAGUGUGUGCGCUUCGACCUUGAACUGUUUAAAAAGCAGCUACUUUUCCUAUACCUUUUUGCUGGGGGAUCUGAAGCUGUAACAAAGUUGGGUCACAAUAAAGAUUACCUGAACUUA